AUGCGACAGAAACAGAAAAACCUGAAACUCCGAGCGUGUGAGGACGGUCUGAUGUCUCCUGAGUCCAGCGUCACGUCGCUGCUGGCCGCUUCAGGACUCCUGCAGAGCUCCUUACGCCCGGAGCCCGUCCCCAGCAUCAAAUACAGAGACAGACACUACAUCUCUGCGUCAGAGGCGCUGGACGCUUACAUCACUGACUUCCAGAGGAGUCUGCGAGACGCUGAGACCACAACCGGGACACUUGAGCUGCCCAAAGAGAUUACAAAACCUCAUCCCAGAAACAGAGACGGUACAUCAGCACAGUACAUGCAAAUCAAACACAACACUGGCUCCAUGUCAUUCCAGAUAAAACCCUCACUGGUCUCUUCUUGUGUUUCUCUCUGUUCAGAUGAUAAGAUUGCUUCUCUGACCUUCAGAGCCGAGCAGAUGUUAAACGCACCUUCUUUUGCGCUCUGUGAGCCGGUGAAGGAGCACAACAGUUCAGGAGAUACGGAGGAUGCUCUGGACGCGGACCGAUCCUGGGACAAUCCCCCUGUGACGUUUAAAUCUCCAGUGCGUGUGGGUGGCGCUGAUGAACCUCCAGCGCCCGGGGAACUUCAGAGGAGCAAGUCUGCAGCUUCCUGUUCAUCAGGAUACAGCAGCAGAAACCAUCCUGGUCCAGUGGAGGCGCUCAAACACAUGCUGUUCCUCCUGCAGGCCGUCGAGCAUAAGAUCAGCCAAUCACACACCUCCGGUGACACCAAAACCACUGCAGCUUCAGCCGAGCAUAAGAUCAGCCAAUCACACGCCUCCGGUGACGCCAAAACCACUGCAGCUUCAGCCACACAGCUGGAGAGAGACACACCAGAGCAGGUUCCUCAGCAGGAAACAGAAGAAACUGACCUGGCAAACGUGGAGUCAUUGCAGAGAGCUCUUCAACACCUGGACAGACUGAAAACACUUGUGGACGACAUGAACGAGAGGAAGGCCAGAGCAGAGGAUGAUGGGACAGAUUGUACAGACACUCCUGCAGCUAAUAUCACAGACUGGGCCAGAAUCAAUAAACGGUUGUGAAUCAGAAA